ACUAAAACUUCUUCCCAUUUCUAAAACAAACACAUUCAUCAUGAUUAUCUCAGAUAGCUCAUCGUCUGGAGAAGAAGAAAACGAAGAGUGCGAAAGGUUUCACCACCUACGUUUGAGUUUGAUCGGUCGGAGGCUGGCUGAAGGUGCAUCAAGUCGCCGUCAAACUACAAGCCGACGUCACAUUGAUCGUGAGAGGGUCGAAUGUAAUCGACGUCUUAUGAGGGAUUACUUCGAUCCAAAUCCAGUAUACAAUGCUCGCAUAUUCAGAAGGCGCUAUCGGAUGCAGCCAAGAUUAUUCCAUCGCAUUAUGGGCGACAUUGUGAGGUUUGACCCCUCAUUUGCUCUAAGGCGUGAUAGCUUUGGUCAAUUGUCACUAUCUCCAGAGCAGAAGCUUACUGGUGCGAUGCGCAUGCUAGCAUAUGGUUCUCCAGCUGAUCAACUUGAUGAGUAUGUUCGUAUGGGUGAGAGCACUUUGAUGGAGGUCUUCAGAAAGUUUUGCAACAACAUUAUCAACAUGUACGGGGCCACAUACCUUCGCGCACCUACUCCUGCUGAUUUAAGUCAACACGAAAGGCGUAGCUCCUUCAUCUGGUAAGUCAUCAAGGCCUUCCACGGGAGAUGAUUGAGAACCAAAACCUGUGGGAGAACUUUUGGAACCUUGCCCCAUAGGUGGAAUGGGACUAACAAGCAGGUCAGGAUUGGAGUACCACUUUGGACAAUUUCGGAGAAUUUCGAAACGAUGCUCAAAAUCAAAAGCCUUGUUCCCAUUCUCUUGCUUAUAUAUUGCUCUUGCCUCCUUUUCCUAAUAAAAUAUGUAAUACAUG